AUGGCAGCUAGUACCGUCAACCGUUCUGGCUUUGGUCCUACUGCCAUCCGAGCUGACAAGAUCAAAUUUGGUCGCUCGACGCCAGAUUCUGAAGCUUUCGCUUCUUCCGAGGAUGAGCCUGAGCUCUCUCACUCAGCUUCUUCAGUAGCUGUGCGACCAACCGCGGCGACAGGCAUUCGCAGAUCUUCGUUUCUCAGCGAGAUCAAGUCAGGAGAUCUCAGGAAAUCCUCUGUCACUGGCCCUAUCAUGCCUCUCAACGGAUCACAACCAUCAACGCCUUCGGCAGAACACAAUCCAUGGACGUUUGGAUCCACUCUUGGCCGUGUCCCUUCCAACGGCUCGAAUGGUGGCGCAUGGGCCGCGCCCAACUCGAUCUGGGGAGCCGAUCGAAGAGAGCUACCUCUCAGACCGAAUGACGGCAGUCUCAACUCAUACCUUCCUCAGCAAAGUCCAGGCGUGGUGGAUCCCACUGAGUCCUUCCCUUUCAAUAUUCCACUUCAGCCCAUCCUGAAGACACACAGAUCGCAAUCAUAUUCGGUCGGCCAACUUGAGAGUGAGGCGGGGCCCCAGAGCCCUGGUGCGGUGGGCACGCCUUCAAGAGCCCGUGCUGCCAUUCCAGGCUCCCAGUACCGCCCUAUGCGUCCGAGCGGCCUCGGAGAAACAAUCUAUGCCGAAGGCAGACCUUUGGGACAGUUGAGUGAGGUUGAAGAUGAUGAAGGACCUGAUCAAGGAGUUCUACUUGCCAAUCCAAGAGCACGCCAAGACCCGCUCUCGGAUCUCAGCAACGCACUACUUCGUCAGGCUACACACGAGAGUGCACGCGCAAAACAUGGAUCUGCCUCACUCGGUGCCUCAGCUGCAGAAGACGUUCGUCGCUCCAUGUCUGACAACUAUGCACAAUCUGGCGCAGAGUCCGCCAUAGAAGACGAUGACUCUGAACAGCUCUACUCUGGAAGACCUCAAGACAGCACUCAUCGCGGGAUGUGGUCUACUUCUCUUGGCUUUGGAAUGGAUGAUAUCACUCAGAGCAGAAGACAUUCGCUGGCGGAUAUCCCCACACGCCGUGGAUCACUGGUUGGUGGUUUAUCUGGCCCUGUUCAAGGUUACAGCGGCGUCGGUUCAGCAUUGGCCAUCUUGCCUCAUGGAUCAGAAAAUGGGUCCAAUGGCAGUGUUCAUCUAGACUACCGUCAGACGUCUCACGACCUUGAGACCAACAUGACAGAAUCGGAUAUGCAGCACAGAGCUUACGCCCAGAAUUAUUUCUCUGGUGCAGCUACUGCCCACAGAAAUCGCGCCGAAUCGACAAGCCUUAUGAUGAACAGCAGCCCCUACUCAUCAGCGGCAUCUGCAGGAAGUGUCUUCGGACGUCAAGGAUGGAGUGCUCCAUUGUACAUUGUGACUUUCAAAUGUUCGAGAUCCGGUAUCUUCUACAUCCAUGAAGGCACAGGUCUGGAUGUCAAAGAGGGCGAUCUGGUUAUCGUCGAAGCGGACCGUGGCCAAGACCUCGGAACUGUCACUCAUGCCAAGAUCGACUGGCCUAGGGCCAAGGAAGCCCUAGAGAAAACUGGAGAGGAUCACUACAAGUGGCUGAUGAUGUUCUCUCGUCACAACCUCGCUCUGACGGACUCAGAAACACGCGGUCUUAUGGCUUCGAAUGGGGCAGACAGCGGCAGCAUGCACAGAGAGAGACCGCUGGACGAGUAUCCACCUGGUAUGGGCGGACCUCCAGAACUCCCUCAAGAGCCUACUAAGCCGAAGAUGAUCAAACGUCUCGCUCAACCUCAUGAGAUUGCCAAUCUUCGCGAGAAAGAAGGAAACGAAGCCAAGGCCAAGAGAAUCGCGCAACAGAAGGCCAACGAGCAUAACCUCAAGAUGGAGAUAUUGGAUGCCGAGUUCCAGCUCGACUGGAAGAAGCUCACCUUCUACUUCUACUCUACUGAGUACAUCAACUUCAACCUUCUUGUAGGAGAUCUCUUCAAGAUCUACAAGACACGCAUUUGGUUGUCGGCCAUUAACCCUGCGGCUUUCCGCUCACGUCCAAAUCAGCCACCUAGCUCGAUCGGACCUGGUGCCAUUCAACCUGGCUCUUCACCUAGAACCAUGAAUCCCACGGCCUCGUCUUUCUUCGUGCCCCGUGCAGACGGCCGCUCAAACUAUGCCGAUGAUGUGACAGGCGCAGCUCCCCCUCAGGCAUAUCAUGAGACUCCCGUAAGCCAGGCUCAGAUGCAGGGACAAACAGCAACACGCAACAGCUUUGGCAGACCACCAUACUUUGGCUCGAAUGGCUUUCCUGGUGCUUCUGAACAGCCUUGGUAUAUGCCCGUCGGAUCUUACGGUCAGCAGCCCUUUGAGGCAUCCUACGGCGGCAUCNCCUCGCGCUCGCAAGAACUAGCAUUCAGACCAGCUCCACCAUUCAGCCAGAGCCUGCUGAGAAACAGCAACCGCCAAACACGUCCUGGCGAAUUCAGUCAGAUGCGCUAG